AUGACUCAGUUGAAAAUGGAGAAUUAUCCCUUCCCAGACCCAGAUCUCAGGGGAGAGGUUGAGGAUGAUGAUGUUAAGAUGGAGAACUGGUGGUUGGAGAAGGUGGAUGAGUGCUGGAGUAAAUUCCAGCACUGUUAUGGCUUGAUUGGCCAUCUUGAGGUCUCCAUGCAUCUCCUCUACAAAUUCAUGGGGUACCUCGGAGAUUUCUAUUUCGUCAGCAAAUUGAGCGAGCUUCACCAGGAAUUGAGGAAUUUCCUAAACUUCCUCCUUCUCGUGGAUCGUGAGGAAGAGGCACGAGAGAUGCUGCCAUACGUAAGAUCCCUGGUCCCCGCAGCAUGGCUCAUUUUGGAGGAUCAAGGCCAUCGCAUUGAAUAAAAUGCUGUUAAUUCUCGGAUUGUGCAC